AUGGAUGGUGCAUUCUUUUCUUUAUUAGUUGAUGAAUUGCGAGAUGUGUCAAUAAAAGAACAUAUGGCAGUGGUGUUUCGUUACGUGGACAAAAGUGGGGAUGUAAUUGAAAUGUUUGUGGGCAUUCAACAUAUUAGCGACACUACAUCAAACUCACUAAAUGAGGCUAUUGACACAUUGUUUUCAAGAGAGGAAUUGAACAUUUCUAUGCUAAGAGGACAAGGAUAUGAUGGAGCUAGUAAUAUGAAGGGUGAGUUUAAUGAUCUUAAAACACAUAUUUUGAGAGAAAAUCCUUGUGCCUAUUAUAUUCAUUGUUUUGCACAUCCACUUCAAUUAGCUCUUGUGGUCGUGACAAAGGGAAAUGCUGAUAUUGCCACUUUCUUCACAUCUUGCAAUAGCUUGGUUAAUAUUGUAGGAGCAUCGUGUAAGCGUCGUGACAUGCUUAGAGACCAACUAGAAAAGGAUAUUAUGGAAGCUCUUGAAAAAGAUACUCUUCCAACAGGGCGAGGCUUAAAUCAAGAAACUUGUCUCAAGCGUCCCGGUGAUACACGUUGGAACUCACAUUAUGGUACACUACUUAGUAUUAUUUAUAUGUUCAAAUCUGUGGUGAAAGUGCUUAAAUUGAUUAUUGAGGAUGACUCCACUGAUAAUAUAAGUGAAGCAAAUAGGUCAUUGAGAGAUAUACAAUUUUUUGAGUUUGUAUUUCAACUAUUUUUCAUGAGAUUUAUAUUGGGAGUCACAAAUGAUUUGUCACAAGCAUUACAAAGGAAAGACCAAGAUAUUGGGAAUGCAAUAACUUUAGUCAAAGAUUGCAAGGACCAACUACAACACAUGAGAGAGAAUGCAUUUGAAGCCUUGCUUGAUCAAGUAUCUUCCGUUAUGUGGACAAAAGUGGAGAUGUAA